AUGGACAAUGAAACUAACACAGUACAGAAAUUGGCUAUCACAGAAAAGGAUGAAGUUGAUGGAAGUGUAGUAUCAAGAAUACGAAGACAGAGGGGAGUCAAAGUUACAGGCAAAUAUAUUCCUCCAUUAAAAUGGGAGAAAAUUACAUCACAUUUUGCAAGCUCCAUGAACCAUUCUAAUUUUGAAAAGAUAUAUGAUAAUAUGGAAAACGUCCUAGCUACUUCUUAUGAAACAUCUCAUAAUAUGUCUACUAAACCUCUUCACAAGGAUGAAGGACAAGAUUAUAGUGACACAAAUAUUAGAAGGGAGGACUCAUCUAAAAUGAAACAGGAGAAACAAAGUGUGGAUACCAUGCUAGUGGAAUCGCAGCAAACCAGUAGUUCCAAAAAUACUGAAGAUACUUCUCAAGAAAAAGUAAAAUAUAAAACAAGCGACAAACAUGUUUUAGCUUUUGGAUCAGCAAUGCCAAAAGAGACCCUGGAAGAACUAAAAAACCUACUCAAGGAGAGCCCAUUAAUUACCAGCAACAACAAAUUUAGUCCCAAACACAGUACAUACAUAGCCCAUAUACAUCUACCAAAAUCUGGUGAGAAUGCAGUUGUAAAACCAGGUUUAACUUUUGAAACAUUCGGGCCAAAUGUGGAAAAGCAUAUUCCAAGACUACACUUGAUAAAAAAUUGUGAAGCAAUCCAACCCAUGGAAACUACAAAUCAUAAAAUUUCAACGGGAUUCCAACAGUCCCAGGAAGAGAAAGAAACUGCACAGCCAAUUCAUUUAACCAAGUCAUUAUCACAAGAUAAAUCAAGUACAGCAACUGGAAUCCCUUUUGACAUUGGCCCAGGUGAUUUUACUGAUUUUAGACGUUUCACCAACAAAAACAUUUAUUCGUGCGGCAGUGCGGCAAUUCAAACUUCUCUUGACUUUGCAUCUCGUGUCGAGCAUAUUCAACAGCAGAUGGCUAGAGAAGACAUUCACUUUGUAAGAUUUGAAGCUGCUGACCUUCAUGGAGUAUCAAGGUCAAAGACAAUUCCUGCACGAUUUUUCCAUGAAAAGGCAAUAAGUGGUGUUUAUAUGCCCAGAAGUUACCUUGAAUUAACCAGAAAUCCAAAGGAUAAUGAAGUAGACCACAUAAAUGUAGCACAUUUUAAUAGUGAUAUUAUUCUGAAACCAGAUAUUAAAACAUUCAGGAUCCUACCCUGGGCAUAUAAAACAGGAAGAGUUAUUUGUGAUUCAUAUACUGAUUUGGGGGAUCCUCUUUUAACCUCUCCAAGAUAUGUAUACAAGCAACUGCUUAAUCAACUCCAAGAAAGUGGUUUUUCACUAUGUGCUGCUUUUACCUACGAAUUUUGCAUUUUUGGUGUUGCUGAGAUUAUAAAUUCUAAGACCAUAGCUUUCCCUGCUGCAACUUUAAUGACAGACCAUGACCAAUUAUUCAUGCAAGAGCUGUUUGAUGGAAUGUAUUAUACAGGUGGGAGUAUUGAAAGCUUUUCAUCUUCCCACAGGCCUGGGCAAGUGGAGGUGUCCUUUCAGCCUGAAUAUGGACUAACAUGUGCUGAUAAUACAUUCACUUUUAGGACUGGAAUAAAGGAGGUAGCCAAGAAACAUAGCUAUAUAGCAAGUUUUUAUACAGGCAAUGAAGGGUUCUGGAAUUCUGGUCUUUUAUCACAUAGCUUGUGGGAUUUAAAUGGAGCUAAGAAUUUAUUUUACAAUGAAUCUCAAGUUCAACAACUCACAGAUAUUGGGAAAAAAUGGUUAUCAGGCCUUCUUCACCACUCCGCAGCACUAAGUUGCUUAGUAGCGCCUGGAAUUUCCUGUCGUAAACGUUUCUUAAAGGAUGCUAAAGAUUCACAAGAAAGCAUCUGUGCCACUUGGGCAUAUAACGAUAACAGCUCUGCAUAUAACAUCAAAUGCCAUGGUCAUAAUGGCACUUACAUUGAAAACAAGUUGGCAUCAGCCACAGCAAAUCCUUAUUUAGUACUUGCAGCCACUGUUGCUGCAGGUUUGGAUGGAAUUAGGAGAGAUCUUGACUUUUCAGACGGUAGAAACAGCAACUCUACUCUCCACCACUUCAAACCUUCCUCAGUACCACUAAAAAUGGAAGAUGCUCUUUUGGCACUUGAAGAAGAUAAAUACAUGAGAGAAGCACUAGGAGAGGCAUUUAUACAAUAUUUUAUUGCAAUGAAACGUUAUGAGCUAGAAACAGAGGAAGUAGACUCAGAGAGAAAUACUUUUUUAGAAUAUUUUAUUUAG